UUAGAAUUCGCCGAUGCUUCGUACUCUGGUACUUCAUAUUAUUUCGGCAGGCGGUCAACUUAGACUUAUCUUAUCAAUAAGCUACUAAGUGGGGCACUACAUUGCAAUUGAAGUUUUCGAAAAAAAGUCGAGAGCUAGUCCCCGAGACUGUCCCUCAAUUGGACAUCAGCAUACAAAUACACCCAAAAAUCACCCAAGAACUUGCAUAUAAAAAGGAAGCGUGCAUUCGCAAUGGCAGGCCCAACCUCAAAAAAGCGAAAUCACCAGGACUCAAACACCAAAUACAAAUCUCAGAGACCGAAUAAGAAGCAAAGAAAGGUCCCCAAGUAUCACAGCGAUUCGGAAGAAGAGGGCGCCAACACCGACUUCCGACCCGUCAACCUUCUCGAUUCGGACAAUGAAGACCUCGACAAUGUCGCCGUAGAUGAAAUUUCCUCUGGCUCAGACUCGGACUCGGACUCGAAUUCAGGUUCGGAUUCGGACUCGGAUCGCGAUGCGGCGCGCAAAUCUAAACCUCCAGCGACACAAAGGAAAAGGAAUCCCGCUAAAGAUGAAGCUCGCGACAGGAGUCCCGAAACCGAAUUAGAAGGUGACGAUGACGAGGACGAGAAUGAUGAGGAUCAAGACGAGGCGGAAGAAGAGGGUUCAGACGUAGACGACGAUUCGAGACCUCAAUCCAAGAAAUCAAAAUCAAAACGCAACGAUCCCGACGCCUUUGCAACAUCCAUGUCCAAAAUUCUAUCUACAAAGUUAUCCACCACAAGACGCGCAGAUCCGGUCCUUUCGCGCAGCGCCGAGGCCCACCAAGCAGCCAAGGACGCCGUCGAAACUGCGCUAGAAGCCAAAGCGCGGCGACAUCUGCGAGAGCAGAAACGAUUGGCGCAGGAGAAGGGGCGCGUAAAGGAUGUACUAGUCGGCGCCGUCGACGAGGACGGCAAGCCCGAGACUUCUACCCAGGAGAUUCAGCAGACGGAGAAGCGCUUGAAGAAGGUGGCGCAUCGCGGCGUCGUCAUGCUAUUCCGUGCCGUCAGGGAAGCGCAGGAGCGGGCCGCCGAAGCCGAAAGGGAUACGCGAAAGGAGGGCAUCGUGGGAGUUCAGAGGCGCCAGGAGAAGAUUAAUGAGAUGAGUCGGCAAGGUUUCCUGGAUUUGAUUGCUGGAGGCGGUGGGAAGUUGAAGAAGGGCGCGCUGGAAGAAGCUUAGUUUUGCGAGAUACGGGCGUAGAACCGCCGUUUAUGGAAUGAUACCAAAGUACUUCAUGAACAUAACCUCAUUAAUAGUUGGGCAUGACCUAAGAGUUGGGCUUUGUCCUAUGGCUUCGUCCUAUCUCCAAGCCGGUUAUAGCUAUCCUGCUGCGAGUAUAGUACAU